AUGACGACGAAGAUGAAGAUGAAGAUAAAGAUAAAGAUAAAGAUGGCAUGGAGAGAACCGCAACCUGGCACGAGUGGAGUUAAGCCCAUCCGUAUCGCCUACGUCCGCUCGCUCGGCCAAGUCAAGAAACAACCUCAGUUUGCCGGCUUUCCUCUAAAAACCGUCACUCGAUACGGCACAAUCGCCUCAGCCUUCGGCGCCACCGCCGGCAUCUUUGCUGUUUUCUUCUUCGGGGAGGUCCCCCGCGUACGGAAGGAUAUCUUGAUGAACAUCCCCGUCAUUGGCGGAUACUGGGAACGGAGCAUCCCUCCUGAAGAUAAUGUUAGUACAUCAGACAUCCGUUGCCUCUUAGCGCACCCCAUGAUCAUUAUUUAG